CGGCAGCGGCGGAGACGGUGGUCGGUAACAAAGUCAGCGCUCCCGGCAUGGCACCACUACCUGUCACCUUCAACAUGAUCCCUGCAGGCCAUGCGUGCAACUACGGUGUCCGAGGAGGGACAUUACCGCCACUCGAAGCGCUUCUUCCUUUUUCCGUCUGUGACGUCGCUGGUUCCCAUGGCACCCGGAAAGCUCGUCUCCAGGGAAACGGAAAGCGUCAACAGCCAGCAAGUCCACAGUCGUGAGUUUGUGCCAUUCUGAAUGGAGAGUCUGGGAGUAUCAUCCCUGCAGAACCUGCAGGCUCUGUCUGCCCUGUUAUCAACUCAGCAGGAGGAUGGUGAUGAUGAUGAUGAAGAGUGUAAAAAUGUGACGGCUUGUGCACGACUGGAUCCUGGACACAUUGGCCCCCCACCCAAAAAAGAUAAAGAAGUGUCAGCUGCCUAUGUGAAGAAGAACAACAAAGAUAUCUGGAGCGAGGAAGAGGUGGCGGAGGGUUCACAGUAUGAUGAUCUUGCUGACCUGCGGCCACAGCCUGAGUAUGAAAUAAUCCUGAAGCAGAGCGUGGGGACAGAGGAUCUGUUCUUGGGCUUGAACAGAAAAGACCCAUCCUCCAUGUGCUGUGAAGACAUGCUGUUGAAAAUCAAACUACCGGACACUAAAGCAACAGAUGUGGUCCUGGAUGUAAAAGAAAAGUUCCUUGAUCUACGUACGCCAAAAUAUAAACUGGGUCUUCAUCUCCCGCAUCCCGUCCACAGCCACAAGGGAAAGGCUCAGUUCUUCAGUGAGAGGGAGGAACUGGAGGUGACUCUACCGAUGAAACGCCCCAUGGAUUUUAUCAAUAUGCAGUGAGAAGGAAUGACAACAGCCGACAAGUAUUCAGAAGACAAAGAGUUGAUCCGAAACCGGUGUACAGAAGAGAUGACACACACACUUUUCACAAGUCUUUCUCUUUAAAGAAAUGGUAGAGAAAUGAUCAGCAAAUGCAUAACCUGUUUGUUUUCUGCCAUUUAUGUUAUGUGAAUGUAAAUUUCAUGCUUUUUUUUACAUCUGUCCCCAUUAAUUCUGUAUUAAAAUAUGACUUUCUAAUA